CUCCUCUAUCCAGUUCAGUUGCCUUUCAGCUACAGUUCACCACACAAGCAGGAGUGCUGCCAACAGAUUGUUCAGCAUCUAACAAGGAGGACCAACAAGAAGAGAAAUAUAGACAAUUACACACACACACACUGACUCUUGAUCAUAUUCAAACAUGCCUAGCAUGUCUAUGUGGACAAUUCUCCAGGCUGUGUGUUUGGUGGGUUCAUUGUCCACUGCAGUACCUGAGAGUUAUGAGGAUGAUAUCGAGGUGGGCUUUGGAGACAAUUAUUUUAAUGAGAUAACGGAGGAGGACAAGACAGAAGGAGAGACCCCCACAGCUUCCCCAGAACCAUGCAAAGCUCCAGCCUUCACAAAUUGGGAUAAGCUCUUUACCAUGCUGGAAAAUUCCCAAAUGAAAGAGAACAUGCUGCUGCAGUAUGCCAAUGACAUCAUCAAGGUAGAUCUGCAGACUUUAAGAGGUGAGAUGCUACAGUUCUUGGCACAGUAUGGUGGCUUUUGUGCAUCUGCAGUUGAAAGCACAGCUCGAAGGGCCAGGCCUCAAACAGAGAUGAGACUACAGAAUGCACUGGAGGGUUUGCAAAAGGCUUUGGCUGAGCAGUACGCACAGCAUGAUACAGCCCUACAGCAGCUACUGACAGACAGUGGAAACCAGGUUGCACAGCUGGAGCGACUGGAGAACAGCUGUCUGAAAUGUGGGAGGGAAGGUCUGGUCUCCGAAGCCAAAAGCUUCCAGGCCCAACAUCUCAUCCAGGAAUUGACUGAGAUAGAAAACGGAGGCAGGUUUGAGAAGACUCUGGCAACCAUUUCAAGUGACCUGCAAGCCAUCCAGGAACAGCUGAACCUCUACACAAGAUCAGACUUUGCAAACAUGCUUCCAUCAGGAUGUGACACUGGGCUGAUCUUCCCCAUGCGUUCUUCUAGAAAUCAUGUUGAAGUUUCACCCAAGAGGCCCUUCCAGACCAAUGCAGUUACCAUCUGCUUGUGGGUGAAACCUACUCAGGUGAUCAACAAGUCCGUCCUCUUCUCUUACGGCACGACUGGCAACCCACACGAACUACAGCUGGUGCUGAAUGAACAGAGUGUCCUAUUUACAGUGGAUGGUGAAACCCAUUUGGUGGAGGCUUCAGGGGCAGUGCAAGAGGGCCAGUGGGUGCACCUUUGUGCAGUCUGGAGCUCACAACAGGGCCUUACCUCUCUGUGGGUAAAUGGUCAACAAGCUGCAAACUCUCCUGGAGUGGCUGAGGGUCAUGAGCUGCAAAGCAAAGGGAGCAUACUACUGGGGCAAGAAUACGGACGCUACUUCAGGCAUCUCAGCGUACAAGACACAUUUGACGUGGAGCUAGCUUUCACAGGCAAGAUGACUGGAGUGAACAUGUGGGACCGGGUAUUGGAUUCAAAAGAGAUAUCUCAGCAGGCACGAGUGGAUGGGAGUGGUUGUGGUAUUCGUGGUAAUGUGGUGGCAUGGGGUGUGUCUGACAUUGAUCCAAAAGGGAGUGUCAAGAUUAUCUACUAAUUUCCCUUAUGUCUUAACCACCUGAGCCCUGUAUCAGCUGAGCUCCUACAAGCACAUAUUAAGAACCCGCUAUGCUACAUCUGCACUCAACAUUAAUCUCAUUCAUUUAAGAUGUGUGGAAAAUAAUUCCAUAUAGGGAAAAUGUAAUUUAGGGUGGAUUGCCUGUCAUCAAGCAAGUUAAAAAUAAAAGGCUGUCAUCUGAGGGACAUCAUAUCACUCAUUCUUCACUUUUUAUUUACAGUGUUCUGUUUUACGUUUUCAUUUAAUUCAGAGUGGAAGGAAUUUUCUAAAUGUGUAACGUCAAAGGAUUUAUCAUGUUUGAUGUUUACAUUCAGAUUUGACCUUAUUUGUAAUCUAUUUGUAAUGUAAUCUUUCAAUGCAUUUUCUUCUGCAUUUUUUUUAACAAUUCUGCUAUUUUAAAAUAUUUUGCUACAUGAAUACUGCUAAUGAAUAUAUAUAUAUAUAUAUAUAUAUAUA